AUGGACCCGGCCCCCCCCGGCCCCGCGCUGGUGCUGUUGCUCUUGGCCGUGCCCCCCCCCGGCGCCUGCUGCUCCUUCGAGUUCAACCCCGUGAGCAGCACGAUCCGGGCCCACGUGGAGGCCGUGACCCCAUGGCUGCUCCUGGAUUACACCGUGCCGAUGCCGGAGAACCUGGAGCCGCUCUCCCCCUGCUCCCCCCUCUGGUCCCUCCGUUUCUCCCUCCAGGCUCUCCUGGCCUUGGCCUCCCGGGCGGGGGGGGCGCUGUCCCCGCGGCUCCGCGCCCUGGCCGCGCAGCUGCACUUCCUCAGCCGCUGCCCAAUCAGCGACCCCCAGGGCUGCGCUCGCCUGCGCCCCAUGAACGUCUCCCAGCUCCUGGGGGCGCUGGAGCUGCAGCUGGGGGGGCUGCGGGAGCGCCCCCCCCCGCCCCACACCUGCACCCGCCUGCGCUGCACCAAGGACCCCCCAGUGUCACCCCCCCCCACGGCCUCGCACGGGGUCUCCCCCCCCGCCCCCCACGGGCUCGUGCUAUGGGGGGCACUGGGGGGGGCCCUGGUGCUGAGCGCGGUCGUGUGGGGCCUGAGCAUGAGGAGGAGGAAGGGGGGGGGCAGCGAGUGCAGGCCGACCCAGGAGCCAUGUGACCCCCCCUCGGCCCCCCCAUAG